UUCUCCGCGGAGUUUGUUUCUCGGACCAUGGCGCUCCCCUCCGAGCGCUUCGCUGCAUACGUGGCGUUUUGUUUUAUUUUUCUAGCACUAAUUCACUUCCCUGCAGGAGCCUCGGCCGGCGCCAGUCAGAAUGUGUUUCCCCUCUUGCAGCCUUACGACUUCUUGUAUUACAGCGGGGUGCGCGCAUAUUACGGAGAGGAGUGGAGCAAGGCGGCGGAGCUGCUGGAGAAAGCCAUCGCCACCAAGGAGUCGCUGCUCAGAGUGCGGCGGAGAUGUCAUGAUGAGUGCGCUGCAGCCGGGACACACGCUCGCAACAAGCUGGACUCUCAAGAUGAAAGUUUUUGGGACCUUUGGGUCCUGGAUUGGAUUCAAAGGAAAGCUGAGUGUAUGCGGUUCUGUGUUGGACGUGCCGUCAGUCCUACAGGACAGCUGCCUACUUCUACUGAUAUUGAAUAUGAAUUUGACACACGGAACCCCUACAAUUUUCUGCAAGUCACAUACUACAAGUUGGAAAAACUGCAGAAGGCGGCAGCAGCAGCUCACACCUAUUUUGUGGCCAAUCCCAGUCACCUCGAGAUGAGAAACAACAUCGAGAAGUACCGACGCAUGGAUGCUGUGACUGAAGAAGAUUUCCAGGACAGAGAAAUUGAAUAUGAGAAACACUGGGUCUUCUAUGAUGCUGCACUUCAGCACGAGGCCUCCUCUGACUGGGUGCAAGCAACAAAGAGAUGGAAAGCUUGUCUGAAUGAGACUCUGCGACAGAUGGAGGAGUGCAGGGUUCAGUGUGAGACGACUGCACAACGGCUGCCUGAGGACAGAGGGGUGGACAGUGUUGAAGGCGUGUUUGAAAAAGCUGCAGCUCUCUCGCUCUCAUUGCUCUCAUGCCAGCAGUUGUGUGUGACUCAGGUCGCCACCCGACCUGGAAGGAUUUCUGCUCAAGAGGAUUUCUUGCCUACACAGCUGGAGCAUCUGCACAUAGCACAGUUUAAAGCUGGUGAUAUAAGUGGAGCACUGCAGACACUUCACUCUUUUCUCCUGUUUUACCCUUCUGACAAGGACUCCUUGGACAACCUGCAGCUCUACAUUGAGACACUAGGGGGAGACGUGAACACACAGGGCGCACAGCCUGCUCAGGAGAUUGUCAGAUACAUCGAUCGCUCUCUGUCGGAAAAAAAGCUGUUGUAUUUUGGUAUGGAGAACCUUGACUUCAAUUUCACUGACCCAGAUCUUUGGACACCAGAAGAUGCUGUACCUGAAUCACUGAGGAUAAAUUGGAGAGCUGAAAAAGAAAAAGCAAAUGAGAAGAUGAAAGAAGUAGAGCAGGAGGAAGAAGUUGAUGACAGUGGAUUUUUUGGAGGGGGCCCAGUUCCUCAGGAGGGCGUUACCAUUACUAUGGAUGAUGAAACUUUAAAUGGGACCAAUCGAGUUGCCUUUGAUGGAGUUAUGACUGACAAGGAGUGUGACAGGAUACUGCAAUUAGCAACUGUCGCAGGAUCCGUUGGAGAUGGUUACAGAGGACGAAGGUCUCCGCACACGCCACAUGAAACAUUUGAAGGUCUGACCGUCCUGCGGGCUGUAAAGUUGGCUCAGGAUGGCCUGGUGAAUCAGACAGAUGCGAGGCUGCUACAUGAGUUGGGGGAAAGAGUGAGAGUUCUGCUGCACUCCUACUACAGAAGCCCCUCAGGACUUUUUAUCUCUUUUACUCACCUGGUGUGCCGCAGCGCUGUUGCAGGUGACCAGGAGGGCAGGAUGGAUCUCUCUCAUCCUGUCCACGUUGACAACUGUCUCCUGGAGCCAGAGACUAAGCACUGCUGGAAGGAACCACCGGCGUUCAUACACAGAGACCUCAGUGCCAUUCUCUACCUGAAUGACAACUUUGAUGGCGGAGAGUUGUUCUUCACCAAAAGAGAUGCCAAAACAACAACAGCCAGAGUAAAGCCCACUUGCGGCCGACUAGUGGGCUUUUCCUCGGGUCCUAUAAAUCCUCACGGUGUAACAGCCGUGACCAGCGGCCGGCGGUGUGCGCUCGCCUUGUGGUUCACGAAGGAGAAGUUCUACAGAGACAUGGAGCGGGAGGAGGCAGAGGCCGUGUGGGCAGCAGACGGACAGAGUGUGCUGAAAAAGGACGAGGAUGAGGAGGAGGGCGGCGUUUCUGCUCGCCGGACCGCUCGGAGCCAUGCGCCAAAGGAAAGGAACAGAGGGAGAGGCGGGGGGGUGACGGGGGGCAAGGAUGAGCUGUGAGAACCAGAACAAACGAGACAGACUUUAAAAGGACUAUAGACGUCUCUUUCCAUGGACACAUGACUUUUUCAGUCUUUGCCCAGCAGUCGCUCUUUUCAAUGCUGACGUUUUAUGUUCUGUUGUGUUUGAUGUGUAUAUACUUAUUUAUACUAGACGCGAUGCGGGAGGAAAACACCUUCUUGUCAUCUCUGUCACGUCAAGCUGUACUUUUAUUCUACUGACCAAUCAGUGAUUUUAAAAAGAAGAGAAUAAAACAUGUAUCAAAGGUGA